CGGCCCGGGGUUCAACGCAACGUGGCAUGUCCAGACAUCCAAAUAAAAUGAAAAAUGUAAACAUGGAAAUGGAUACAGUUAUCUUUCACAGACACAAAAUAUCGCAAAUGAUAGAUAUAGAGACAUGAUUGAAAUUAUGUGGCAGAUGAACUUUGACUGCGACUGGCUGGGUGGAAGCGCUUUGAACAGAUGUGAACUGUACUGAAGCAUUCUCCUCUCAACAUAAAGAGUGGUCAUCAUGGACCCCAGAAGUCCCCACUGGACCGAGCCAGGCCCUGGUCGUCACCCACAGAGACCCAGGGAGAGAGAGGACUACCAUAGGCCUGCUCACCCUCACCAGGGGACUGGACCUGGGCACUACCCACCACCACCGGACCCCAGGGAGAGAGAGGACUACCAUAGGCCUGCUCACCCUCACCAGGGGACUGGACCCGGGCACUACCCACCACCACCGGACCCCAGGGAGAGAGAGGACUACCAUAGGCCUGCUCAACCUCACCAGGGGACUGGACCCGGGCACUACCCACCACCACCAAAUGUUGGGGACGCUAUCACUGGGCACUACCCACCACCACCGGACCCCUGGGAGAGGGAGAGGCAGUGGUCCCACCAGGACCCUCGCUACAGGGUCUACCUCACCAGCCCUCCCCCUUCCAGACCACCUCUAGAGUUCUCUCUCAGCUCUUACAGCACUCCCCACUCCAGAACAGCUUACGACAGACCCCAUUCCACGAUGAGUUACAUCAGACCAGAGCCACAACACUCCAGACCCCACUCAAGGCAAGCAUAUGACUACCCACCCCAGAUUCACUGGGACCAUAGUCAGGACUAUGGCUACUAUGACCAGGGCUAUUACAAAGGACAUUACCCAGAUGCAGGUCAAUGGCCUCCCCAGGAACAGUGGAGAUCUGACCAGUAUCAGGAGAGGAGAUAUGAGCAGGACCAGACUGGCAGUGGCUACCCAGAACAACAAAGGUAUGACCAGCGAAGAGCGAGCUCUCAGCAUGACUUCAGAGGCUCUGAUGAAGAUCGUUCUAAAGAGAAUGGGGAUGCUGGUAGAGAUGACUGCUCUUAUGCCGAAGGGGCUCUGGCCAUCUCCAAGGCCUCAGGCUUGUCCUCCAGUAGCUAUGAGUUGAGCCAGUACAUCAACGGUGCUGAACAGACUGACCCUGCCCCACAAACCACCUGGAGCACAGCAGACACAGAGUAUGCAGCUAUUCCCCAGGUGACUGCCCCUCUGAAAUACACUUUGCCUCAUGCUCUGGCCAGCUUUGGUCCAGCCGGACAGUUGAUCCGGGUCAGUCCUGGUCUGGCCAUGCAGGGAGACCCAGGGAAAGUGGAACUACACAGUCUCGAGAUCAUUCUGGGGGAAACACAGGAGCAGCAGGACAUGAGAGAAUUUCCUGGGCCACUGGCUAGGGAAGACCUGCACAAAGUAGAUGCCAUCUCUUUUGCCCACCAGAAGGCAGAAGCCUGCAUGAAAGAUGAAAAGCUACAAGACAAGGGCUCUGCCGCCCUCCUUUGGAAUCUACUGGUACUGCUGUGCAGACAGAAUGGACGUAUCGUUGGUUCAGACAUAGCAGAGCUGCUGAUGAGGAACUCUCAGGGCCAUGGUGGUUCAGGGGGAAGGGAAUCAGAGGCCCCUACACUCAUAGACCUGAGUGAGGGCCCCAGUCCUGAGACAGACCCCUUGGAUGGAGCAGAUCUGUUGACAGGGACAGCCACUAGUGUUGGUACGGCUGAGUCCACAGAGAAGGACAUGCAGGGAUACACCAAGCUUCUCCUGGCUGGACGGAAGAAGGAGGCCCUCGAGUCGGCCAUGAAGAGUGGACUGUGGGGCCACGCCCUGUUCCUGGCCAGCAAGAUGGACAACAGGUCCUAUACCACUGUGUUGAACAGGUUUACAGGCCAGCUAGCUCCCAACGACCCCCUACAGACCCUGUUUCAAAUGCUCUCUGGAAGGAUCCCUGCUGUUUCCACGUGUUGUGGAAGUGACAAAUGGAGAGACUGGGAGCCUCACCUGGCCGUCAUGCUGUCCAAUGAGACGGGAGAUCCAAUCGGGCACCAGAAGAGCAUCAUUACCAUGGGAGACACGCUAGCCUCCAGAGGGCUGUUACAUGCUGCUCAUAUCUGCUAUCUGACAGCUUACGCUCCUUUUGGCGUCUACACAGCCAAGACCGAAAGACUGGUGCUUCUGGGCAACUGCAACAGUAUGCCAUUCAAAGAGUUUGCUCAGAAUUCUGCCAUUCGGUGCACAGAGUUAUUCGAGUACUGCCAGAGACUUGGAGAUAAAUUCUUCUGUAUCCCCCCCUUCCAGGUGUAUAAGUUCCUGUAUGCGUGUCGUCUGCUGGAUGCUGGGCUGGCAUCCCAGGCCUUCCACUACUGUGAGGUGAUAGGGAUGUCUUUACUCAGACUGCAGGAGCCCAGCAUGGUGCUGCUGGGGGAGCUUAUCAAGCUGGCAGAGCGGCUGAAGCAGUGUGAGGGAAUGGGACAGCUCAGUGACACAGCUGACAACAGGCCUGGACAGGAGCCUGACUGGCUACAGCAGCUGAGAUACAGACAGCAGGGCAUACAGAUGGGGAGCAGUGGUUGUAGUGAUGCAUACCAGUCACCAGCAGACAGGAGUCCAUUGGCCCAUGAGGAGAGCAGAGUGUAUUCAGAAUCAGACACCAGUGACCUUUCUGCAAGGGGAGAUGACCAGGGACUGGAUGCUAAAUUCCUCUCCUACAAAGCAGCAGAAGAGCAACAACAACAGCACGUGCAGGCACAGCAGAUCAACACCCAGCCUCUGCUGCCGGUCAUGGCUUCUAACACUCAGCCUGCAGUGCCACUUGUGGUGGGAGGACAGGACCACAGUUACCACUACACAGACACUGCCCAGCCUCCGCCUCAGCAUCCUACACUGGACUGUCCUCCUUCAGCAGAGGAAGGGGCUGAUCCUUCUGCUGGCCCAGGCAUGUUAGGGGUCCAAGUGAAUGCUGGCAUGAUGCCGUUGGCAGAGUAUGGUCAGCAGUAUGGUCAGCACUACGGCCAGGAGAAUGAUUAUGGAGAUCAGCAGGCAUGGCAGCAGGGAGGGCACCAGGCCACCAUCACGCAGGAGGGCAAGGCCUCAGAGCCGGACAAAAUCCAACCAAAACAGAGCAUCAAGUCAGGGUGGUUUAGCGGCUGGUUCAAACACAAACCCAAAGAGGAGCAAAGUAAGGCGUCUCAGGAUGCAGACUCAGCUGACCCAGUUCCCACUAUGGAGACGCCGCCCACUUCCCUAUUUUCUUUCCCUCCCACUACCAACAUCCCUGCAGCCAAUUUUCCUACCCAGCCUGCAUCUACUGGUAUCAACGCCUUUUCUCGGAAAGUGGGUGAAUAACAGGCCGGAAUGCAUUGGACAACACAUAGACUAACGUUUUUCUGUAUUUCUGCAACCACCCACCAUACAUCAUAUACCUGUACACCUGUACACAUACACAAAUCAUUCAUGAUAAUAAAAUAUUUGUGGUGA